AUGCUUCCCCAGAAUAAUCGAUACACUGUUCCGACGCUAUUCUUCCUCGCAUUGUUCCUUCUCUCUAUCUUUUUCUACUCAUUCUUUUUCUUCAACAGAAUCACUCUUCAAACACCUCUCUCUUAUCCUUCAGAUCUCUAUAUCCAAGUCAAACCUUCUCUUCUCUCUCCUCCUCCACCUCCGCCGCAAUUCUCCUCCAUCACUUCCACUGUCGGUGCCAGUGUCGCUGAUCACGAAUCUGUUGAUGUUACUGAUUCCGAGAAUGCCGAUGAUGCAGGUGUAGGAUUGAAGGGAUGCGAUUUGUACACGGGAACAUGGGUGGAGGAUGAAAAUUAUCCGAUAUAUGAACCAGGUUCUUGCCCUUACGUCGAUGAGGCUUAUGAUUGCAAAAACAAUGGAAGGAAUGAUACUCAUUAUACUCAAUGGCGGUGGAAACCUUAUGGUUGUGAUCUUCCAAGGUUUAGUGCCAAGGACUUUUUGUCAAGACUGAGAGGUAAAAACCUAAUGCUGGUAGGAGAUUCUAUGAACCGGAACCAAUUCGAGUCCAUUCUGUGCAUACUUCGUGAAGGCCUGCACAAUAAGAGCAAAAUGUAUGAGAUACAUGGUCAUAACAUAACAAAAGGAAGAGGCUACUUUAUUUUCAAAUUUGAGGACUAUGAUUGUACAGUGUCAUUUGUGAGAUCUCAUUUCCUUGUGAGGGAGGGAGUUCGCUUGAAUGCGCAAGGGAGUUCAAAUCCUACAUUAUCAAUAGAUCGAAUUGACAAGACAUCUAACCGUUGGAAGAGGGCUGACAUUCUCGUCUUCAACACCGGGCACUGGUGGGCUCAUGGCAAAACUGCUCGAGGAAUAAAUUAUUAUAAAGAAGGUGAUUAUCUAUAUCCAAAAUUUGAUCAAGUUGAGGCAUACAGAAAGGCUAUAGCGACGUGGGGAAAAUGGAUCGACAAUAAUAUCAAUCCAGAAAAGCAGACUGUUUACUAUCGUGGAUAUUCUUCUGCUCAUUUCAGGGGUGGAGACUGGGACUCAGGUGGAUCAUGCAAUGGUGAAACCGAACCGGUUUUGAGUGGUUCCAUCUUGAAUAACUAUCCAUUGAAAAUGAAGAUAGUGGAAGAAGUGAUUCAGAGAAUGAAGAUUCCAGUAAAGUUAUUAAAUGUCACAAGGCUGACUAAUUUCCGCAAGGAUGGCCACCCAUCUGUCUAUAGCAAGAGCUUAGUGGAUGGAAAGAAAGUCUCCAUGAGGCGGCAAGACUGCAGUCAUUGGUGUCUUCCCGGGGUCCCUGAUGCAUGGAAUGAACUAAUUUAUGCCACUUUGGUUUUACAGCAAACAAAUUCAAGGAAUUGA